AUGCCGUCCAGCAAAGGAAAGCCAACGGACCCCAAACUGAGGGAGAAAGUCAAGGAGGACGUCAAGAACGAAACGAAUAAGGACGGCGGGGGGAAGGGCCAGUGGAGUGCCUGGAAGGCAGCCAAACUCUCCAAAGAAUACGAAAAGAAGGGCGGCUCGUACGAGAAUUCGCCCGGCUCCAAGAACGAGCCCAAAAAGGGUGCGCCGCAGCCCAAAUCUAGCGGCAAGAAGAAAGUAGAGGAGAAGCAAGCGCCUAACGAAGAAGAAAAGUCCGAGUCCCCAUCAGCAAAUAACGAUAGCGAGGAGAAAGAGAACAAGAAACCCAAGGCAAACACUAGCGCGAAAAAGUCGAAGCCAGCAGCUGUUGAAAAGAAGACGGCAGGGAGGGGGAAGACUGGCGUUGCUGGAGCAGCGAAGAAAGAGAAGCCGAAAGCUGAAGGGUCUAGGAAGAGUUCGAGACUUGCGGGGAAGAGAGGAGUAGAAGCGGAUGACGCUGGAGCGAGGAAGAAGGCAAAGAAGUGA